AUGUGCCUUGUGGCCAUGGACCCUUGGAUGCCCUCGAGGGCUAUCUUCGAAGCAUUCGAUUCAUUUGAUGCAUUUUGGUUUACACAACCAGAAAAUGUAGCUGCUCUGACUCAAGUCCAAAGGGAUGCUUUGGCGGUGACGAAGAAGAAGGAUCAAAGAGCUCUUUCACUCAUCCACCAAUGUUUGGAUGAUGCUUCGUUGCAAAAGAUUGCCGAAGCAACAACUUCCCGGGAAGCAUGGGCUGUCACAUGGGUGAUCCUCCAAACUUCCCAUGGUGGAGUUGAGAAGGUGAAGAAAGUUCGCCUCCAAACAUUAAGAGGUGAAUUUGAAGCUUUGAAGAUGAAGGAGUCCGAAUUGGUUUCGGAUUAUUUCACAAGAGUUUUGACUAUUGUGAAUAAUUUGCGAAGAUACGGUGACGAUUUGAAGGAUAAUCGUGUGGUAGAAAAAAUCAUCCAUUCCUUAGACAAGAAGUUUGACUACGUUGUUGUAGCCAUUCAAGAGUCUAAAGAUUUAGACACGUUGGCAGUUGACACACUCAUGGGAUCGUUGCAAGCCCAUGAAGAACGACUUAACAAGAAGAAGCAAGAGUCGUUAAAGCAAGUGCUACAAACAAAACUGUCCUUGAAGGAAAAAGAAGGAAGGCAAGAGCAAAGUCAAAGAGGUUGA